AUGGGCUUAAGAUCAAAUUCUAUUCCUCGGUCAAUCAUCGCCCUCAUAGGUGGCCGAAAUGAACCUGGGAUACGCACCUACCUCCUCUACAAAGAUGGCGAGUUGCUGGUGGUGGAGGCCCCUCCUUCGACGAUAAGCCAAGAUGGCGACUACGAUCAAAUGCAUGAUAUGGAAUGCUGGGAGAAGGAGUAUGACUACACACUGGAAAAGAUUCAAACGGCCGCCAGAACGAUCGAUUUUGGACGGACAAAUUGGGCGUACACGAUCUUACAACCUGACGGUGGAUGUCGAAUAGUUCACAGGAAUCGGCCAACAUUCAAGGUAACAUAUCCUACUUGGGCCCCUGUGGUUGACGAGAGUGACAUAGAAAUCACGAAGUGGAUCAGUGCUGAAGAAAGACUCGGCAUUUGGAAAGGCCAGGAAGUUGAUCUAUUGAUGGGAUGGGACGAUCGACGCCUCAAAGAGAUAGAGCAAACGAUGAGGGCGUACCGAUUGUUACAGGGGUUGGAUCUGACUUUCGAGGUGCUUGCUCAUGUCGCUCGAGACGGUCAAGUGGUAGGUGUCGUGAUGGAGCCCGCCAUCGGUAGAAUGGUCGAACACUGUGAUCGGGCACAAGUGUUCGAAGCCAUUGCGAGAGUCGAAAGCCGAGGUUUGCUCUACGGAUCGAUCCACCAGAGCAACAUCAUGAUAUCAGGUGGAAAGGUCCGACUGACAAACAUCGCGACAACUCGCCUGCUCACUCCAGAGGAGAAGCAGUACCAUUGGACUGCCCUGCGGCUGAUGUUCGACUCUCUGAGGGGUGGCGUAAACUUCAUGACCCCUCCCCGCACAUGGCCGCAGCAACUACAGUACAUCCCAAGCCCGUUAGCGCCAGAACGGCCUCGAUCCUCCUUCGUCAAGAUAUGGUUUGUGGGUACCAACACGUUGCUUUUCCCGGAGGAGUCUCGCAAAAAGCGAACGAGAACAGAAAAGAGGCUUACAUCGGGCCGUAGGCCACAGGAACCUGUUGAUGAACAUGCAAUUGGCGUUACCUCCAUGCACUCUGUCAGUGCCCGCCUAUUCGAGCGAGACCACACAAAAUACCCCUAUUCGCGCACUCUCGUUUCUCGACGUAUCACCGACGACCGCAAGCAGUGGGGUUCUGAAAGCGCCCUUCGUCUACCCCUUCUACCCUCUUAUGAUAGCGACACGACUUGCGAGGAGGAGGACCGUUGCAUUGAGAUUGGUUCAUGA